UUGUUCCCGCCAAACAGAUGAUGCGCAUUGUUAGCGAAAACAUUUUUCUGCGAAUAAUGUGCAAAAUAAUUAUUGUUGUUAAACAAUAGGAAUUUAAUUCCUUGCUGUUCUGCUACAUAAUAUAGGAUUUUUUACAGCGUGUAUAUUAUGUACAGACUACAGACAUUACUGUAAGCUCGUUUUGUAGUUACAUUGUUGUAAAUUUAAGAUGCGAUGGAGUGGAUGAGCAAGCUCGUAGUGUUGGUACUGGCGUGCAGUCCAAUGGAGAGUUUGAGCGAGACGGACUUCUGCCACAGCAAAGGGAUGAAUCUCCAUCACUUGGCUACGAAAACUCCAUACCGCUUCGUAAGGCAUGACGACUCCAGCACUAACUACCCAGACUGCGAGCCCGUGCGGGCGUGGAUGAUCGUGAGGCACGGGACGAGAUAUCCGGGCAGCAAAGCCAUUCAAAAGAUGGUGCAUUCUCUGCCGCUGCUCCGGAACAGAAUACUAGCUGCUAAUAAAGCUGGGAAAGGGUCGCUCUGCCGGGAGGAGGUCUCGGCCCUGGAGCGCUGGGCUUGCGGCGUGGAGGAGGCGGACGAGAAGCGCCUGGCCCACGAGGGCGAGGACGAGAUGCUGGAGCUCGCGGAGCGGUUCCAGCAGCGGUUCCCGCGGCUCUUCCCCGGCGACUACCGCAACGACACCUACAAGUUCAAGCACACGGCGACGCAGCGGGCCGGCGAGAGUGCCCGCUACUUCACGGUCGGCCUGUUCGGGAGGCGCGUCAGCCGCCACGUCUGGUUCCCGGAGGCCCUGCACAGGGACCCCAUUCUGAGGUUCUACAAGGCAUGUCCUCGCUGGAAGAGAGAGGUCGACAAAAAUCCAGAUUCCGUCCAGGAAAGAAAUAAGUUUGCGCGGGGCCCUGAAAUGAAGCAGUCUUUGGAAGAAAUCCGAGCCCGCCUGGGCUUGGAUGCUUCUCUUGAGUUCGAUGACGUGCAUCUGCUGUACGUGACGUGCAGUUUCGAGACGGCGUGGGACAAGCGACGGCCGUCUCCAUGGUGUGCAGCGUUCUCGGAGAAGGACCUCCAAGUGUUUGAGUAUUUUGAAGAUUUGGAAUACUACUGGAUUGAUGGCUACGGUUUUAACCUCACGUACAGACAAGCAUGUCCUGCUAUCAGGGAUAUGAUGAAUUAUCUCCAGACUGGACGGACGCCGGGCUCCCAGCACUCCCCCCGCGCCGUGGUGUACUUCUCGCACUCGGGCAGCCUGCUGAAGAUCCUGGCCCACCUGGGGCUGUAUCGGGACGGGCGGCCGCCCCGGCACGACAACUACCGCCUGAUGGGCGAGAGGCGGUGGAGGGUGUCGCACAUCGACGCGUUCGGCACCAACCUGGCGUUCGUGCUCCUCAGCUGCGGCGGGGAAAGCCGGGUGCUGACGCUCCACCAGGAGCGGCCGGUCGCGCUGCCCGGCUGCCCGGCCUCCGGGGGGCACUGCCCCCUGGCCGCGCUGCUCCACACGUACCACGCCAGCGUGCACGCGUGCGACUUCGAGGGCAUGUGCCGCGACAGCUAGCGCUGCGCCCGCUCGGCGUGGCUCUGCCGGCAGGGGGACAGCGACACACCCCAGAGGAUCAGCUUAUGAUUAGUAUCUGAAUGGGGCUGUUCCGAUACGCAACACUCGAAUAGGAUAUUGGCCGAUAUUCAGCUCUCGGCCAAUGACAAGGUAUCGGGAAAAAUAAAUAUUUAGGCAGAUUUGUUUUCAAAAUACUUGUUAUUUUUUUGUUUUUUUGUUUUCUUGAUUGUUGUUUACCUCAGAAUCUCUUUGCUGCCUGAUAAUGGAAACCAACUAGUAUUUUAUUUUUCAAAGGCAAAUCUUAAAAAUUGUACAGAGGCUAACUAUGAGUACACCAGAGAAUGUUCGCCUCACAAAUAUGUGAUGUAAAGUUUUUUACAAUGAGCUUGCUUUUAUUUUAGUUUUAAUAAUAAAAUUAUGGUAUUCAUCACCAACAAAUUUACAAAAAAAAUUACGUUUCAACUACUACUUUAAUGUGUGGCCAGUAGUUAUAAAUUUUGGUUUUAGUAUCAGGUGGUGUCGAUAUCGAAACAGCCCUAAUUUUAAAAUACAGUAGGGUCUCGAUUAACUGAGUUAAUGUGGACUGCGACAACCUUUGAUGAGAAAAAUCUCGAAUAACACUAGUAUAAUUUGAAAAUUCUCUUGGUUUUCAGUUGGCCGAGUGGCAUCAUUUUUCAGGGUAGCAUUUCUCCAGCUUUUCUUAAGUGAAGAUCCUCCCAUGUCACUUCAUGAUUAUCUUAACCAGUGAACUGCAUCAUUGAGGUUAAUUUUAUGAAGGCUUUCGACAACGGUCAGACCAACUAGGUCCUCAAUUGGUCUGACAUUCUUUGCCGGAAAUGCCACUUUAAGUCCACUCGUAUAUAAUGAAACUUCGGUUAGUUGAAUCUCGGUUACUCGAGAUUCUGUUGUACUUAUGGUUAGAAAUAACAAAUAGUUACUCGCGUUCACUGUAUAGUAAAAACUCUUUAAUCUGGCUCCGUUGGGACCACAGCCACGCCGAAUUAGUGAUUCUGCCAGAUUAUUGAACAUCAGUAAAGUUUAAACAGGAGUACCAAGUAAAAAUUAAUAUACGGUGUAAUAAGUAUGUAAAAUAUUUUUUGUAAGCGUGAUACGUAAACCACAUUGUGAUCGAAAGUGCUGUAUUCUAAAACUAAGCUGACAUGUUCCGACUUUGAUCGUAAAUUUCUAUUUAUUAAUUAGUUACAGUAUUUGGUUGUUAUCUUCUUUUGUUGCAUGGAACUGUGUUAAUGUUGAAAUUUUACAGAAAAUUUUGUUUGCCAUCUUAAAGCAGCUUUGCUAAAAUAUUUCUUACAAUUGUAAACCAAGGUCAAACAAUGUUUUUACAACAGUCGAACAGUGCAAAUGUUUACAGCAAUUUCUUUUUGUUAGAGCUGAACUGAUUAUUAGUUGUUUGUGUGUGUUAUCAUUUUCAGUGUAAAAUUGAUCAGUAUUAUUGUGAAAAUGUGAAGUGUGUGUUGGUUAGUGCUGUUAACAGGGACUAAGAUCUCGUGAGAAUCACGACUAAAAUCUGGUAUCCAUGUCAAAAAAAUAUAUUAAGGCUUAGCCUUGGCUCAGCCAAUUUCAUAGGCUUUAAAAAUGAUGAUCCUAAAAGCAUAAUGUAGAAAAGUCUGUCCUAAUUAAUUCUAAAAAUAAUUUUCGUGCCUUGAUCUUGCCUGUAUGUAUUAAAAUAUAUAUUACAUUCAAUAAAAUAGUUUAAAAAAA